GCCAUCCCUUCAUCUAUCGCGGCGUCGCGACGUCCAACGCACCGGCAACGCUGCCACACACGUCCCCCGUCGUUAGUUUUCAGUACCUGUCCGCUUAUUCGCAAACCCCUCUUCCGUAAAUUAAUUUCGAACAAAAAAUCAACGAACGAUUCACUCAGGUGGCGUCGCGACGCUUUCCCCCUUAUUUAACCCCGUAGUAGCCCCCUUGUGAUAUGCGUCUUUAAACCGUCGCUGGCGUCAUGGCUUGGGGUUAUUGGAGCGCUACGACAGUGUCGGACCGCGGCCGCAGCCCCCGAAGGAACCAGAAUGGCACCGUCAACAACCACCAGCAAAGCUUGCCCGUCAGUAUCGAAGAUCGCCCCUCGGUGUCUCAAACGUACGCUGGGGCCCCCGUCAAUUCCAACAAUAACACGACGACGUCGUCGUCCAGCGGCCAAUUGCAAGGCGAGUUCGAGGAAGUGGCGGCGUUUUCGAGGCGGCCCUCGUUGGAUUUGUCGCUGGUUGGGCCGCAAGGUGCCCUGGCGGGGAUCUUGUGUGCUGCUCAUAGUAGUAAACAGGGAGGGACGUUGUCUGCGGGUAACACUUUGACGAGGGUCGGGAGUAAACAUACGGCGGUGGAGUAUGCAGUUCCACAUCAUCUCUACCACCACCACCCGACUUACAUAGAAUACCAUCAUAAGCAGUUGUCCUUUUCGGACGAUGAUAGCAGCUCGGAGCCCGGAUAUGCCACAGUUUUCCCGAAUGUGCCGCCACAGCCCGGAAUGCCCUGUCAAGGGGAGGACAGGAGUAUUUACAGGAGGGGUGCUCGUCGUUGGAGGAAACUUUACCGUGUCAAUGGACACAUCUUUCAGGCCAAACGUUUCAAUCGAAGAGCCUUUUGUGCAUUUUGCAAUGACCGGAUUUGGGGUUUGGGGCGACAAGGUUUCAAGUGCAUUCAAUGCAAGCUCCUCGUCCAUAAAAAAUGCCACAAACUAGUACAAAUCCCCUGUACAGUCGACCUAGUUGAACAGUCUAUCAGAGAAGAACACAACGGGGAAUCGCCUUUAGUAACAGUAACCUCCAAUAGUGAAAUUAUAUCGGAAAUACGCGACAGGGAGUACCCCGAACCGCCACCAGAUGUGACAGGUGAGUCUGUGGCCGUGGAGGACCCCAACCGGCAGUCGGACGAGCUGGAGGUGGGCUCUCAGCGUCAGUACUCGUUGAACGACUUCGAAUUGAUCCGAGUGAUCGGUCGAGGCUCGUACGCCAAAGUCCUGAUGGUUGAGUUGAAGAAAACCAAGCGUAUUUACGCAAUGAAAGUGAUUAAGAAGGCUUUAGUGACCGACGAUGAGGAUAUCGAUUGGGUGCAGACCGAAAAACACGUCUUCGAAACGGCCUCAAAUCAUCCGUUUUUGGUCGGAUUGCAUUCCUGCUUCCAAACACCGUCUAGGUUGUUUUUCGUUAUUGAGUUUGUCCGUGGUGGCGAUUUGAUGUUUCAUAUGCAAAGACAGCGGCGUUUGCCCGAGGAGCAUGCGCGCUUUUACGCCGCCGAGAUAUCAUUAGCGUUGAAUUUUUUGCAUUGUAAAGGGAUUAUUUACCGCGAUUUGAAACUAGAUAAUGUGUUGUUGGAUCAUGAAGGACACAUUAAAUUGACUGAUUAUGGAAUGUGUAAAGAGGGGAUUAGGCCCGGUGAUACCACUUCGACGUUUUGUGGAACGCCUAAUUAUAUAGCCCCUGAGAUAUUGCGUGGAGAGGAUUAUGGAUUCUCAGUCGAUUGGUGGGCUUUAGGGGUGUUGUUGUAUGAAAUGUUGGCGGGAAGGUCACCGUUUGAUAUUGCGGGAGCGUCAGAAAAUCCCGAUCAAAAUACUGAAGAUUACCUGUUUCAAGUUAUUUUGGAAAAAACUAUUCGGAUUCCAAGAUCAUUGAGCGUCAAAGCGGCCAACGUACUUAAAGGCUUCCUCAAUAAAAACCCAGCGGAUAGACUCGGAUGCACAAGUCAUGACUCCUUCGUCGAAAUCACCAGUCAUCCCUUUUUCAAGAGUAUUGAUUGGGACAUGCUAGAGCAAAAGCAAAUCACUCCUCCGUACCGCCCCCGGCUAGAUUCCGACCGAGACCUGGCCAAUUUCCCUCCAGAAUUUACCGACGAACCCGUACAUCUCACCCCCGACGAUGCGCACGUGAUCGAGAAGAUCGACCAAUCGGAGUUCGAGGGCUUUGAAUAUGUGAAUCCCCUGUUGAUGUCUUUGGAGGAUUGCGUGUGACAUAACGUCAGUUGCGCUCUACACCCCAAUAAUUUACCUCCUCCCCCUCUCCACCGCCACCCCCCACCCAUGUUUCCGCCGCCUCCGCCCCCUCCCGAAAUCGACGAUUACGACGACGCGAGGUUUUUGCAAGUCGACAUGAGGCCAAGUAAGUCGAUCUUGCAAAAUAUUUUCUGCCUUCCUCUCAAUUGAAAAUUGCACUUUAUUAUAUAAAACCGCUAUUCGUUGGUUCUUCCAUUGAUAAAAUAAUGCGAGUGUGGGGAAAUUGCGAAUUUUCCCUCACCGCCUUUCUGUUACCUAGCACAGAACGCAGUAGGUGUUGACGCCUCUAAAAACAAAUCAAUAUUGUUGCAAACAUUAAACAAUAUACUAGAAAAAUUGCCAACGAAGCUUUAUAAUAAUAACCAUAGGGAAAUUUUCUGCACUCUGACUUGAUAGUUGUAAAUACAUUAAAAAAAUUGAUGGGAGAAUAGGUACGUUGGAAUUGAUUGUUUUUUUCUAUGUUCGAUUUAUUAUUGUUAAUGUUUCGAGAAAAGUUUUUUUAAUGUUUUUAUCUUCUGAUGUUCUUUUAGUUAACGACGAUUCCGUUGACUCUUGCACACAUUUCUCUAUCGUAUUAUUGAAUUUAGUAUUAAAAAAUUGAAACAAAUCAUUGACUGAUGUCGUCACAGCAAAACAUUCGUGAUUGUUACUAGAAUUUUGUAUAAUAUAUACAGAUUGAGAAUGACUAUAUAAACAUUUAGAGUAGCUACAAAGAAUAUAUCUCGCUUUACAAACAAUUUAUUAUAGUCAUUGGUAUUCCUUCCAUUUAUUAUUUUUAAGGAGACAGUGUUAAGUAUUAAUUUAUAUCAAUUAAAGUAUUAUUUUCUACAUUCCGCAAUACUUUGGGAACUACAAACAACUAUGUUAGCAUUAUGUUUUCUAGAUUCCGUAUCAAUAUUUGUAUGAUUUAAUAAAGAACUAAACCAGAA